AUGGCAGAUCGGCUGCACUCUGAUCUCGGACCCACAGCCUCCGUGGCUGAGAGAGUCGCGGCUCCUUCGACUGAGCAGCCGGGCCCUGGGAGACGGGUGUUUAAGCCGCUGAGCGACAGGCACCAGAGCAUCCUUGUAUCAGAGGUCCUUCUAGAAAUACCUGCAAAGACAGGGAGGUGUUCCGAGGCCGGGGGUCACGGAGCGGGGAAGGUCAGCGUUUCCGGUCAGCGUUUCCGGUGGCCUCGCAGCUGCGGGUUCCCGUGCGGGGUCGAGACUGCAGCGGCCGCAGCUGUGGUGGUGGCGGUGCGUGAGGUGGUCGCGAGCACGAUUUCCGUCGUCCGCGUGCUACCCCGCCGCGUGGGGGACCCAGGCGCUGGCGAGGGCUGCACUGUGUGGGAGAACCCCAGGAAGUUGGUAAUUCUCUUCGUCCUUCUGCGCCAAGUGAGGCAGACCUUCCCCGUUUGUGUCUCCAUUAUCUCCUCGACUGGACCAGUGCCAAGUGAGCUGGUGAGCCGGGUCGGCCCAGCAGGUGCAGAGGGGCAGAGCCUGCACGGACACGAGUUGGCCGGGGCCUCUCCCCUACCUGUGUGCCUGGCUUCGAAGGCCCCCGUCCCGGGCUCCUGCCUGUGCUGCCAGGAGUUGCUGAGUGGAGGACACUCCCCCCUUCCCCUCUGCCUGCAGGCAGGCCCAGCGCCUCCCAGCCAGGUCUGGGAGAUGCACUUCCCUGCCCCGCUCCUCUCCCGGGUUGUAGGGCUCCCCAGGGGUCACCACCAGCAGGCCCAGGACUUAUGUGCCUGUCCUGUCAGCCCCCGUCUUGUCCCCACGCCCAGAGGCCUGCCUGGGCCUCCUUAGGGGAGACCAGAAGCCGAUUAGAGUGGCACCUACUUC